AUGGCCGCGACACCGGCAAAGGUGAAGAAGCUGGCGGACCAGCUGAUUACCUGCAUCACCGGCCUGACGCCCGAGGAAGAUCCCGCCAACUUUGGGCUCUGCCGUGAAUUCACCCUCCGCAACUUCAAAGGCUACAAAUUCGGGCGCACAAACCAGUUCGACGUAAACUCAAAGCUCUCCGGUCUUGAAGAGAAAUUCCGGAUCUACAACCGCGACGACAUCGCCGACGCCCUGCGGUCACGCCUCAAUGAGCUGCCCGUGUCGACAUUCACGCCGGAGCUACUCUCGCUCUUCCUAACGCUCUCUGACCGGCCGCUGGAGAACGCGCACCUGGACGAUCUCGAUGCGCUGAUCCGGCCUGACCAGGGGCCGAAGGGGCUGACGUGGGCGGACAUCAUCGCGGAGGAUCCCUUGGAGGGGGAGAUCUGGAAGGAUGUGGACUUUGGGGCUGAGAGCAGCGAUGAGUGGUCAGAUGACGGGGAGGAGGAUGUGUGGGAGCGGAGGGAGGUGGAGGGCGAGGGGAGGAAGAGGAAGGGGCGGUGGGCAGAGGAGGAGGAGGAGGUGGGGAGGGGGGCGAGCGUGGAGGGGUUUAUACUGAAGGGGGAUAGGGAGGGGCUGGAGGCGCUGAAGAGGGCGCAGUAUUGGGAUGUGGGGCGGAGGGUGAAGCCGGUGGAGGGGGAGAUUGAUGUUUCGCUGGGGGCGGGCGGAGGUGUGGAAAACAUAUCAAUCAUCUCCGAAGUCCAGGCUGCCCGUGAAGUCCUCUUCAUGCUCCUAGGCCAUCCGUGCGUCCUCUUCCAAAGCGUCAAUGGUAUAGUCUCGGUCGAGACUCCCGCGCUGUCUACCCAGUUUGCACUCCGGCAUACGUCCUUGCUCGCCUUCAAAGCGCUCCUCAAUUGGUAUGGCGAGAAAGGCACGAAUCUCAACCGUAUCCGUUACUUUACAUCGAUCCAUAAUAUCCAGAUCUCACCAGAACAACAAACCUUCACUUCUGCCGUCGCCGAGAAGCUAUUCCUCCUCGACCAGCGCCUCGUCGAGAUCGAACAACGCUUCGUCGGAAAUGCCACCACCAACCAGAUCGCCUCCCUCCUCUCUCUCCAGUCCGAGCUCGAACCUCUGCUCCACCCCUACAUCCUCCUCUCCAACAUAAUAGACGCCAUAACCAACCCCCCCACCCCCAUCCCGCAAACCACCCUCGCCACCUUACACCUCGAGCACCUCUUCACCUCCGCCUGCACCCUCCAAUCCACCGGCGACCACCCCACCUUCACCUUCAUGACCUCCCUCUUCUUCACCAGCCUACAAACCUACCUCCGCCCCAUCCGCGCCUGGAUGGAGCGCGGCGAGCUCCGCCCCGCCGAGAUCUUCCUCGUCUCCCAAACCCUCACCGCCGACCAAGUCGAGCCCGGCGGCCUCUGGCACGACCAGUUCACCCUCCGCAUGGACCCCGCCACGGGCGCCCUGCAAGCCCCGCGCUUCGUCCACGCCGCCGCAGCCCGCAUCUUCAUCACCGGCAAGAGCGUCGUGUUCCUGCAGCGCCUCGUCGCCCACCACCUGCCGUCCGCCAUGCACUCGACCGACGCGGCCAACGCGGCGCGCGAGAGCGGCGGCGUGGAGCUGACCGUGCCCGACGGCGGCUCGCUCGCGCCGUUCCAGGACUUGUUCGGCGCGGCGUUCGAGGCGUGGAUCAACGACCGGCACCACAGCGUGAGCUCGCGGCUGCGGGACAUCCUGUACCGCGACUGCGGGCUGUGGCGCAGCCUGGAUGCGCUCGGGUGCGUGUAUCUGUGCCGCGAUGGGUACCUGUUUGAUCUGCUGGCGGGCGGCGUGUUUGAGAAGAUUGAUAAGGGCGUGGAGACGUGGGGGGAUCGGUUCCUGCUCACGGAGAUGGUGCAGGGCGUGUUUGCGGGGGUGGGGUGUGUGGAGGGUGUCAGGCUGCGGAUGAGGGGGCGUAUGCAGGGGGGUGCGACGGUGAGGGAGGGGAGGAAGAGCGUGAAGAUGUUGAAGGGCGUGGAGGUGGACUACGCAUUGCCAUGGCCAAUCAUGAACGUCAUCAACAAACAAGCCUUCGAAGUCUACAAAGCCGUCUUCACCUUCCUCCUGCAGAUCCGGCGCGCCCAAUACGUGCUCAAGCGCCUCACCGCACUCAAGCACGACUUCCGGCGCCUCGGCGAGCCCGGCGAGGGCGCGCUGUACUACUCGCUCAAGCACCGGCUGCUGUGGUUCUCCAACACAAUCUACUACUACCUCACGGACCUGGUGCUCCUCCCGCAGACGGCAAAGAUGCGCGCAAAGAUGGCCAAGGCCCUCGAUGUCGACGGCAUGAUCAGUGUCCAUAGCGACUUUAUAAAUAAGAUCAAGGAACAGUGCCUUUUAGGGCCUAAGCUGGCUCCAAUCCACCAAACCAUAAUCACGCUCCUGGACCUCUCGAUCGCCUUCUCGGACGCGCAGACCGCCCGCGCCACGCGGCUGCUCUCGCACUCCAGCGAGGACCUGUCCAUGCGCGACAUCCCUUCGCCGCGGCGGCGCACCAACCGCUCCUCUGGCUCUGACUCGGACUCUGACGACGACGAUGACGAGGGAGAGGGGGAAGACGGGAUUGACCAUGACACGAGCUACCAGGACGAGGGACAUAAGCGGCGCAUGGUGGCGGCGAGCGUCAAGUUUAAUGCCAUGCUGGACUUUGUGAAGGCGGGGCUGCGGGGCGUGGCGAGGGCGGGGGUGAUGCCGCAUUUGGAGACGCUGGCGGAGGGGCUGGAUGGUGUGGGGUGGGAGGGACGGUAUGGGUAG